CUAUUUUUCAAAUGCUGCUCUUUCCGAUUCUCAAAGUACUGCGAUCAAUCCUUCAUCUUCUAUCGAAAGCUAUUUCUCUGCUUUCAAGUUUCAAUGUGUUUCGGUUCAACUGGCUUUUGAUUAUUUUAGGGUUUUCUUUUCUUCAUUUGCCAACUUCAUUGUGCUUUUUAGGUCCUUUUUUGCACUUUUCAAAUUUUCUUUUCCUUUUUCAUUUUCAGUUUUGGCUAGCGUUUGGUUGCCCACAAAAUCAAUUCAGGAAAUGAAAGUGCUUGUUGAUUGUUGUCCUUCACUUUUUUCGCUGUACUAAGCUUUCGUAAAGCUGAGACCUUUUUUUUAUUUUUUAUUUUUUUUAAGUGGAAAAUGGCUUGUUAAAAAUGAUCUUUAGAGGCUUAGUUGAAUGGAUUUGUUCUUCUAAUCUUCUUUCUUGUUCCAGGGAGGUUUUUAUGUAUUUUCUGUUUUUGAUGUUCAUGUAAUUUUGGUUUUCUGCAUGUUUGUGUUGGUGUUUGGGGAUUUUAGGCAAACUUUGGUAUUUUGUAUAUCUAUAAAUUUCUCUUAAUGGGUACUUGUGUAUUAACCUAAUAGUCUGUUAAUUAUGUUCUUUGUUUAUUUCUUUACUCUUAACGUGUUGUUUUGCUAUUAUUUCAUGGAAUUGGUUAUGAGAGUGAUGCUUUGUAUUGUGUCAUAUUCACUUAAGCUCUAUUUAUUGUAGUAAAGCAUUUUCUUAGAAAGCAUUGUCCAUGCCUUUGCUAUUUGAAUGUAUAAGAAAAUUGGCUGAAAGAGAGAAUUUUCUUGCCCAGAAGAACUUUAAACUAUUUUCAGGGAAAUGAUUCUUCCUUAUAAAAAUUGUUUUACAAACUCAUAAUGAAAGGGAAGGAAAUACAUUGGCUGAAAGAAAGCUGUUUGUUUGUUUUUUCCUUGGCAUAUCAAAUGUUAAAGUAUUUUCAAGUUGAUUUUUCAGCCACGACAGCAAGAUAUACUUCGAUUUCUUAGAAAAUGUCUUGUAUAUAAGUAAAGCCCUUUUAGAGGGAUCCUUGGGUAACUGAGUUAAAAUGCGUAUUUCUUUUUGUUAUUUAAAAAAAAAAAAGAAAUUUCAAAUGUUCCAUUUUACUUUAUUGAUGUUGAAUAUUAUCAAGUGAUGUUUCUUUUGUAACUAUCUGCCAGUUGCCUAAUAAUUUUACUUAGAAAAGUGUGCUUAGAUGUGCAUGUUUGCAGACUUGCUUUGCUGAAUCUCUUCUAUUAUGAAUAUGGAAAAAUGUAGGUAUUAUAUCUGAUGUUUCAGAACUUCCUGCAGGCCUAGUUAUUGUUCAAUAAUGGCGCCAAAUCCCAGAGUUAUGAAUGCCUUUCGUGCAAUGAAGGCAAUUGGCAUAAAUGAAGAUAAAGUAAAACCAGUUUUGAAAAGACUUUUAAAAUUAUAUGACAAGAAUUGGGAACUGAUUGAAGAAGAAAAUUAUAGAGUUCUUGCUGAUGCCAUAUUUGAUGAGGACGAUUCUAAGGGAGAAAAUUUUACUGAUGAAGCAGAGGUGCAUGAUGAACCUGAGCGACCGUUAAAAAGAUUGCGAUCAAGAAGCCAAGAAGGGCAGUCUUCUCAAUCUAUGAUGCGUGGAACUUCAUUAAGAAAACCUAAAUUGGAUGAUGAAGGGAAGCUGGGCGCAAAUUCUCUGCAGCGAUCACCAGACAUGAUGAAGUUGCAACCUGGGCCUUCUGAUUCACAGUCGACUCAGGUGCGGCAUGCGUACAAGGGAAAAGAACCUUUGUUACCUCAAGUAUCUCCUAGAGAGAAGAGACCUAUUGUAGAGAGGCCAUCUCAUGGAGUGCAGUUCAAAGAUCGCGAAGUUGAUCCAGACAGUGUACUAAUACCAAAACAAAAGGUGGUUGAUUCUUAUGCUCUGAUCAAGCCUAAAGAUGAGCCAUUUACUGAUGACUUGCCUCCUGAUGACGUACCUCGUUAUGAGGCUCCUAUUGCUGUGAUCCGACCAGAUUCCUUUAGCAAAGAAGAUAUUUCAGGUAGGAGUUUUUUAACAGGAAAGCCAGAUGAUCAGGAGCCUCCAGCAUCCCAUUUUGGAACUGAAGAAGAUAGAGGUGACAGUGUUCCAGCUUCAUCAAGUAGCCGAAGAGCCAACUCUGAGCUUGCACCUGUUCUGGAGGAAUCUCCUGCUAACUUAGAGAUUGCCUCCUCGUCAUUGGGAGAGGUGAAGAUUUCUUUGAGCUGCAACUCUUUGCUUGGAAGACCAAAUUUUCACAUGCCUAGUCAAGAUGAACUUCUGAAAUCAACGCAGGAGAAGUGUCUCCGGUCUUAUAAAAUUUUUGAUUCUAACUUUUCGGUCAUGCAAAUGCUGAAAGAUAUGUGUGACUGCUUCCUGGAAUUGGCUACUGAUUCCUCUCGUGAAUCGCAGGAAAGGUUAAUGAAUGUAAUUCCAUCUAUCAGUGCAUUGAAGAGAUCAGCUGCAUACAGUGCUUUGGGUGUUGGGGGCGUUAAAGGAAGUAAUUGUAUACCAGUUAAUAUUUCAAAUGGAUCAAUUGAUAUACAUUGCUCUUCUGAGGUGGCUGCACCUCAAAUGCCAAGGCAAAUAAAACCUAUCAGUGAGGACGCCCAUUGUAGUGCGAAUGGUUCUACUGAAAGUAAUGGAGGACGGGAAUUGAGAGACCCUGAGUCAUGUAGUUUGGUGGUUGUUCCACAGCAUCAGCUCACUUUUGAGGAACUAAGAUCUCUUCAUGACUUCAAUGACAUAACUAAGGGAGAAGAAGUAAUUGAGAUUUCAUGGUUAAAUGAAAUCAACAAUGAGUGUCCUCCUCCUUUUAUGUACAUACCUCAAAACGUGGUUUUUCAAAAUGCUUAUUUGAGAUUCACUCUUUCUCAAAUUAAUGCUGAAGAUUGCUGUUCUACUUGUAUUGGUGAUUGUCUAUCCUCAACCACAAUUUGUGUUUGUGCCUGUGAAACUGGAAACGAGUUUGCAUACACAUCAGAAGGCCUCAUUAGAGAGGAUUUCUUGGAAGAGUGUAUCUCUAUGACCCGUGAUCCUCAACGACAAUGCCUCUCCUAUUGUAAAGCUUGCCCCCUUGAAAGAUCAAAAAAUGAUGAGAUCUUGGAACCAUGCAAGGGUCACUUGAAGAGGAAAUAUAUUAAAGAAUGUUGGAGUAAAUGCGCCUGCCAUAAGCGGUGUGGCAAUCGAGUUGUGCAGCGGGGUAUAAGGUGCAAAUUGCAGGUUUUCUUUACUCCUGAAGGAAAGGGAUGGGGCCUUAGAACCCUUGAAAAGCUGCCAAAAGGGACAUUUGUGUGUGAAUACAUUGGAGAAAUACUGACCAACAAAGAGUUGCAUGAGAGAAAUGUACAGAGGACAAGAGGCACCAACAAUGAGUGGCAUACCUAUCCAGUUCUAUUGGAUGCAUAUUGGUUCUUGAAAGGAGCUUUGAAGGAGGAAGAAGCUCUUUGUUUGGAUGCAACAUUCUAUGGGAAUGUUGCCAGGUUUAUCAAUCAUAGGUGCCUUGACUCAAAUUUGAUUGAGAUCCCAGUCAAGGUGGAGACCCCAGAUCAACAUUAUUAUCACCUUGCCUUCUUCACAGCAAGAGAAGUAAAUGCCUUAGAAGAGCUAACUUGGGAUUAUGGUCUCGACUUUGAUGACGAUGAUCAUCCUGUGGAGGUGUUCAAGUGCCUAUGUAGCAGCAAGUUCUGCAGGAACAUGAAACGUCCAAAUAGGUCUAAAUCUGCAUUGAGAUGACUAGAUACAUGUAGAUUACAAGACUCCUUUUUGCUGUUAUGUUCUCUCUCCUGACAAGGAGGAAAUUUCAUGGAAUGGAUUUUACUGCAACUUCUAUCAGUUCUAGCAACUAUGUUGUCAGCUGAUGCAGAUUAGGGUGUUAUUCUGUGAUAUGUACAUAACAAACAUCUGUGUUUUUGACCUUGUAGCUUCAUCUCAGACAAUCCAGCUUCUCAAGUUCUAUUA